UGGGACCUGGCCGGGUAGAAAAGCAGCCGCCCUUCUCAUUCAGUUCAUCAGUCGACGACGAUCUACUCGUGAAGACACAGUGUGCUCUCUCAAGUCCCUCAGCUCUUUUCUCAACUCAAGCCAACCCGACUCUUGUGGAUUUACUCCUCUCCGUUCUUAUUUUUGACAAUCAGCGUAAAACCCCAAUCUCCAAGCAAUCCGACAAGAUGGCCAUCUCUCGCAGUGCAGCACUCGUCGUUCUAGUGGUGAUGAUCGGAGCCGCGUGCGGCGCCUCGCUCAGCAGCAACACCAAGCCUUUGGGCGGCAAGCCGUCGCUGAUGGCCAUCGCCAAGCAGGUCUUCGCCGACCGGGAAGGAGCCGCCGUUGAGCGACAGGCCGUCGAGCAGGACAGCUACUUGGAGGCCCUCGAAUACUCCCAGAACUCGGCUGCUCUCCAAGGAGAAGGUGGCGGCAUUGGUGGAUUCUUCCGCUCCAUCCAGUCUGCCGUGUCUGACGCUGGUCUGAGCCGCGCUGGAAUCGCCGCCGCCGCCGUCGCCGUCCCCCUCGUCGCCAUCGGUGGUCUGGCCCUUUUGAGCCCAUUGGCUCUCGGCCGCAAGAAGCGUGAUCUCGAAGGCGAAGACAGCAAACCAGAUGCCGUUGAUCGUCUCCGCGCCCGCGUUUCCGACAUCUACACCGACGUCGUCACCUCUGACGAGUGCAUCGAGCGAUUGGUCUGCGAAUUGGGCGGUGCUGCCAAGAACAUCUACUACAAGGACUCUGUCAUCCGCGUGAUGAACUACUUCGCUCCUGCUUCCUACAAGAAGUACUUGACCACAUUGAAGAGCGCCGCCUACACCGGUGAUGUCUCCAAGUGCAGGCUCAUCAAGUGCCACCCAAUCGGCUUGUAAACAACCAAAAAAAAAAAACACGCUCAGCCGAGAAAGUCGAGAUCCGUCAAAAGAUCCGACUCGCGGAAAAAAGGCCCCAGAUGAGGGGUUGGUGCAGCGCAAGUCUUUUUAAAAAUACCGCCCUUUUUUUCCUCCCACAAAUUCUUCUUUUUUCUCAUUUCGGAUUUUUGCAAUUAUUUCUACUCAAACAAUAAUGGACUGACGAUAACGACGAUGACAGAUGACAACGACGAAGCGUUUUUAAAUUAUUACGUCAUGGUGGCUUGCGUUGAUCAUCACCCACUUGUUUAAAUAUCUUUUUUUCCCCCCCAAUUUUUUGUUUUUCAUGGCCGGUUUUGUUUUCCAUCUUCCGAUAGUUAACAGUUCCAGUCUCUUAUAUAUAUAGACAUAUUGGAGAGCUCGGCUAAUUCAUUCAAAUGACAAUUUGCUUCAAAAACCGACUCGCGGACGUCGAAUUAUUAUUUCGCCCCCUUUUUUUUUGUUUCUUCAUCCCAAUUUUUGUCAAUGGUUUUUCCCUCCACCCCACAGGUCAUCUUUAGUCUUCACCAUGACGGACAAUUGUUUUUAUUUUCUUCUUAGUUUUUGUUGCAAUUUUUUUUGGUCCCUCCUUUUUUGACAAGGAGCGAAUGGGGAUGAUGUGGAUGAUCACGACGACUUUGUAACUUUUCAUUUUUUAUUUAUCCAAUUUAUAUUCCUCAUUAUUUUCCUCUGCUCUCCGUUGACGCGACGAAUUCGACGACCCGACAAGCUCAUGUUAUCCAAUCUCCAAUUCCCCCAUUUAUUCCUCGACUCACCUCUGCUCUCUCUCUCUCUCUCUGCUCUCUCUUUCCACCUUUUUUAUAUGUUCGGGAUCCUGUUGUCCCGACCUACUUUGAUGAGAACACGAUGACCGGAGAUUUAUCACGUUCAUCACGUGUAAGCUGCAGGCAGCAUUUUUUUUUUUCAAAUCCUCCUUUUCCCCCAAACCCUCCUCGAAUACUUCUCAUCACAUUCCAUUACUUGAGAAUUAAUAUAAUCUGUUUAUUUAGUACAAA